UUUGAGCGGCCCUGUCGAACGCACGCGGCUGCCUCGCACCGCCCGCGGUCCAACUAAACACGUUUCAUCAAAGAAAAUGCCUUCCUGGUGGGACUAUCUCCAUUUCAAUCGACAGUACCACAACAAAAGAAACUUAGAGGAAGGUCUUUUUCAAAUUGCUUCGCAAACUUGUAAUAUUUUGGUGAAAGUUAACAACACCAACAAUAUAAAUCUGACAAGGAACAAUAGAAGUGAUGAGUACGGUUGUGCCGGGCCCCCUAAAAACAAGAGCUCCAUGCAGAUCUGCGUGCCCAAGUUCAGGAAGAAUUCCAUCACGUCAGGCUGCAACCCUGGACUAUCGACUGUUCUUGAAUCUGGGAGUGUGGGGAACGCGUCGUCGUCUGAUGAAGAACUGGAGCAGUGGGAACAAAUAUUCAUGAUGCGAGAUGAAAAUGGAAAUAGUUAUAAUGACAAAAGAAAAAAAAGAAGUAUAUGGUGUCGUCCCUCAUGCAUCCCAGUGUCAAUAGUUAUAGUUUUAAUAGUUUUGGUAGUGUUGGUACCACUGCUCGACCAACCUAACGCAGUGCAGAUGAAUGCUACCAUAGCCGCUGUUUCUUUACAUUGCUCAGAUGAGUGUAGGUUAUCAUUAGUUGAAAGUAUACCAGAGGGUCAUAUGUACCCUCCAAAUGUGACGCAUUUACCUACGAAAAAUGUGUGGUUAGACUUAAUAGAUGAAGCUCAAACGAAGAUAGAAAUAGCAUCAUUUUAUUGGUCUCUUAGAUAUAAUGAAGAAUAUCCUUAUAACUCCUCUAUAGAGGGCGAGCAAGUGUUCCAAGCUUUAUAUGCUGCCGGUUCAAAGAGAAAUAUAGAUUUAAAAAUUGCUCAAAAUUGGCCUAGUAAACAAUUUCCUAAUGUAGAUACUGAAUAUUUAGUUAAGAAGAAAGCUGCACAGGUGCGGAGUUUAAACUUUUCAAAAUUACUCGGGAGUGGUAUAUUACACACCAAGUUCUGGAUCAUAGAUAGAAAACACUUUUAUAUUGGCAGUGCUAACAUGGAUUGGAGGGCGCUAACACAGGUCAAGGAGCUGGGUAUAGUCGCGUUCAAUUGUUCCUGCCUAGCAGACGACUUGGGGAAAGUUUUUGAUGUAUACUGGAGCCUGGGUACCCCAGACGCAGUGGUGCCCGACAGCUGGCCUUCAGAGCUUAACACAGACAUCAAUAUGGACCAUCCCAUCAACAUAUCAGACGCUCAACAUAGUUACGGCGCCUACAUCACCAGCUCCCCACCACCUCUAAGUCCAGUUGGCCGCACAAAUGAUGAUCACGCCAUCGUGUCCAUCAUAGAGUCAGCGGAAGAGUUCGUGUACAUCUCAGUAAUGGACUACGAGCCUAUGUGUGUGUUCACGCACAAGCUUACUUUCUGGCCCGUCAUUGACGAUGCGAUCCGGAAGGCGGCUCUCGAGAACAAAGUGAAGGUGAAACUGCUCAUCAGCUGGUGGAAGCACUCCGCUCCUGCUGAGGACUACUUCUUGAGGUCACUCACUGACUUGUCGCAGUCAUACCCGAGGGUCGACAUACAAGUGAAACGCUUCGUAGUCCCUUCAACACCAGAGCAAGACAAGAUCCCAUACGCUCGCGUCAACCACAACAAAUACAUGGUGACCGACCGAACAGCCUACAUCGGCACUUCAAACUGGUCGGGAGAUUACUUCACCACUACUGCGGGCGUAGCCUUCGUGUUCCAAGACCAAGCUGAUGGGUUAUCACAGAACAUGACCAAGGAUAUAAGGAAAGAUCUCCAAGAAGUCUUCGAAAGAGACUGGAACUCGCCAUACGCAGUUCCACUCAGGCGGUUAUAGCGUAUAACGUAGACUUACUUAGUUACAUAAGUUUUAAAAUGGCAUUGUGUCUUUGGAACUAACAUUGGGGAUAUGAAAGUGUAACCAGCGCGAUUGGUAAAAAAGUAAUGUUAGGAUUUCGGUUUUCUUAAAUUUUCAUUAUAAGUGUGAGUAUUCACUCUGUUACAUGCGUCUGACAAUUGGUGUUAUCUUUAUUAUAUGAAUUCCUUGCAUAUUUUGAGACAUUCUGAAUUAUGGGCUCAUCACUCGACAGCCUCCGUGCAAAUCUUAAUCUAAUAAUACACCUAUUGCUAAAUAUCUGCAAGAUGAUAGAUUGCAAUUUAAAAGGAAAAAAAUACUCUGCAUAUUUAUCUCUUUGGCGAUGAUGAGAAGAAUUCCAAAUAAAAAAUAUCCCAUUGUUAGUUGUAAUGAUAGCAAACGUCUUAUGUCAAUAUCUUCCUUCUUGUUGAAAGUUUAGUCACGUGUGAGCCUAAGUUUGUGUGUGAAUUUGAUUCGGGUUUACUCGUAUUUAUAUAAGGGUUACCGGUAUUAUUGUUUGUGAUAUAUUACCUGUAUAUUAAGCCAAUAUUUUAUUAGAUAUUAACUCGUAUGUUAGGCAUUCAAAAAAUUUAUUAGUAGAUUUUUAAAUCUGUAAGUUCACCUUGGUAUAAUAGAUUCUUCAAAUUGGUUUUCCUUGUUUCCAAAAUUUUAGUGACCAUUUAGAAUGGAAUAGUUAUCUAAUAUAAAUAUUAUAAUAAUCAAUUGUAAGAUUGUACAUCGAGUAUUAAUAAAAUUUAAUGAAUUUUUAACUCUGUAUGACUGUGCCUUCUUAGAUUGAGCAACGAGUAUAUGAAUUCUUCGCGAGUGUCUAAGUAGAUUUUUAUAACUUUUUAGAUUUACAAAUAAAUAUAAGAUUAGGGGCGGUCCUAACUAUGUAGACUUAUAACUGCUAUUAGGUGAGAAGUUGUAGUUCUUUCACAUUAAAUAAGUUGUAGGAAAUCUUAAAUAUCAGACCCAAGAAUAGGUGCAAUUUUUAUACAUUGAUUUUAAUUUAGCACAAAAUAUGCUUACGUUUAUUGGUUCCGCCCUAGUAAGAUAAUGUUUGUCUUUUAAGUGUAAAUGUAAGCAUUGAGAACUUUUUUCAAGUAGAUCUAUUAUUUGUUGCUACAAUAGUUCAACUGUAACUCCAUAAUAAAUAAGUAGGCUAUGGACAUAGAUACCGGGGUUUACAUAAUGAUAAAUAUCGCCAAAUAAAUGUAUUACGAUUCAGUUAAGAGUACUUAAUUUAUCAAUAACUGUAUGCAUAGUCAGUAUCUUACAUUUUUCGUGGACGUGUUCGUAACCCAAAAUAAUAUCUAUUUACAAGGUUCAUUUUUAGUCAUUUUCAAUAUAAGAAUGUAAAAUUUUUAUUUAGUAACGGCAUGGGCAAUACGUUUAUAAUUUCAUGACAAUAUUGUGAAAUGUAGAAUAAAUUGGAAUUAUAUUGAAUA